AUGGCGCCCAUCACUUACCGUGAACUCGUCCACAGCAUUCUCGCAAGUAUUGCGAAGGCCGGGCAGGAGUCUGUCGAAUACGCUGUAAUCGUUAACCGAGUCGUCGCUGAGAAGCACACAAAGGGUCAACCAUUGGCGACGAACCACCAGUAUUUCAUCCGACGCUCUCUCAACAACGAGGCCCAGGCCGGAUGGCUGACAUUCACCGGUGACACUCUGAUCGCUUUCACGGCAGCGGGUACCAUACACUAUGUUAGCGUGGACGGGCGUUCGCAGAUCGACGCACGCUCCGAGUACCUUCGUCUGGCGUGUAUCGUUCAAGAGGCAUUACAAGGAAGUGAGCCUACGGGACACGUAUCUGAUAUACGUAACCUUCCCAACAUCGUCCGCAACAACCUCGAUGCGCUAGCCGCCUUGGAGGAGUCGAUUGAGGAUUUGCUGGAGAAAAACCAUCACGUUACCAUGCGUCUGGAAGGCUUUUGA